ACCCUCGCGACAGAACUACCCUUGAUGAUCCUUGCAACUUCCACGGUUGCAUUGCGACUCUGGUCAAGAUUGGCAGUGAAAAGAAUGUUGGCGGUCGAUGAUGUGCUCAUCACACUUGGAUGGGCGUGCGCAUUCGGGCGAACAGUCAUUUCAUGCAUGAGUGCAGAUGAUCCAUAUGGUUUCAGCAUAGACGGACCUGAUGAACCUGCUGAGAUACCAUAUUACCAGCACAUAUUCGAACGUCGCAUCGCGUACAUCUUCGCCGUAGCUUUCAUACGUACAUCAGUCGUGUCAUACUACCUUCGCAUCUUCCCCCCAUCACUUCUGUCCCUCCGUCGCCUUUCGUGGGUCUUGCUAGUCCUUGCCCUUGCUCAGUUCAUCGAGGUUUUUACCGUGCUCAUAGUCUUCUGCAAAGACAUCUCAAAGAUCUGGACAAAUGACUAUAUCGCUUUCCGUGGGUCGCGGUGUUUCUCGUCGUCGACGUACAGCUAUAGUGCCGCAAUCGGUGAUAGCAUUCUCGACUGUCUGAUCUUCGCACUCCCGAUUCCCUAUGUAUGGUCUCUCACCAAGCUGCGAUUUCGGCAGCGACUCAGUCUUAUCAUCAUCUUCGCUCUUGGUUUUCUUGUCUGCGCAGUCGCGCUCACCCAAAUACCCUUUAUCCAACGCCGCGAACAGAACCCCAACUACUUCGGCGGCGCAAUCAACCUCCUGAUCGCCAUACAGCUAGCUUUGGCCAUAAUCGCCGCGUCACUCCCGGAUCUGCGGGCCCUCAUUGCGAGAUUCUUUCCGAAAUUCGAACAUUUGCAUCGGAGUAGCAGCAGUGGCCGGGACGCCCAACAAGAUGCGCACGAACAUUAUGGCGAUGCGGAAAAUGGUGGAGAUGCGUUGCGAUAUCCUCAACGGGCCCAAGAAUGCCAGAAGCGUGAAUCGAGAAUUCCGGAUUGGAUGCGAUCGGCGAUACCCGCGAGUCUGAUGGAAUCC